GGCAGUGAGGAGCUCUGUAACGGGACUGUGAGGAUGAAAAUGAGGCUGCUGUCUGUGAUCCUGCUGCACGGUGUGUGUGUGCUGCAUCUCUCUGCACUGACUGUUUCUGGAGUCUCUCUGAGUGUAACUCCAGAUCACAAGCAGUUCUUCAGUGGUGGUGCUCUAGCGAUUCUGUCUUGUGAUGAUGAUGAUGAACAAAGAGUUGAUGGAUGGACAGUGAAGAGGACCAGAGGAGGAGUCACUGAGAGGUGUGGGGCAGCUGAAGGCCUUGUUCUUAAAAAUUCUCUGUGUCAACUCAAGUUGCGUAACCCCUCUGAUGGAGCUUACUUCUGUGAAAGCUCAUCUGGGCAGCGUAGUGAUGAAGUCAACAUCAUUGUUUCAGCUGGUUCCCUGAUCCUGGACAUCCCUUCAUCUCCUGUGUGGACAGGAAGUAAUGUGACUCUGCUCUGUGAAAGCAGAGACGGUGAACCGAGGAAGUCUUAUUUCUAUAAAGAUGGGGACAUGAUUGGAUCUGAUCUUGAAGGAACGUUGACCCUCACUAAUGUUCAGAAGUCUGAUGAAGGUCUCUACUCGUGCUCCACUGAGGAUCAUCCACAUACUCCUAAAAGCAGGCUGACAGUCAGAGAUCCUCCCACAGAUCCUCCUCCUACUACCCCUAAAACAACCACUCAUGCUCCCAGUACUUCAAGCCCCCAAACUACCAAGAAAAAAAUCCCUCCUGCUAACAGUAAAUCAAUAGAGGAAGAUGAGGAGGUCGAGUUCGACUACACCUGGUCCCUAACCUAUGGCGAUUUUGUCCGUGCCUGGUUCUGGUAUUAGUUCUGCUCCUUUGGAGGAAGCUAAAAGGAAAGUGAGGACGCACUCUGCCUUAUGGACGACCUUCCUCCUACUGUCUCUGAUUGGCUGCUGUUCUGUGACAUCAUUGGCCCCUCCUGAAGCUCCAGUAACCAGUAUAAAAGCAGGGGGUGUGUCUUCAGAGUGUCAGCUUUGCUGUUGUAUCUUUACUGUCGGCCUGGGAUUUUACAUGUUUGGUCUUAUUAUGCAGCACUUCGUGGGUUUUUUUAAAUGCUUUUAAGUAAAAUAUUUUGGGACGUUUAAAGGUUUUCCUGCAGCUCUGCAAUGACUUGUAUUUUCAGACAUGACAGCUGUGACUGUGUGUGUAUUACACAGGUUUUGCAUUGUAAUAAUAAACUAUUAAAGUU